UGUUUCUUCUUUUAUCGGCCAAAGAACGCAUCAAAGAAAACUCUCAUCUCUCUCUCUCUCUCUACCUCUCUCGAUAUAGAAAAGAAAAAGUCUGUAAAGAUUCAUCAAAAAAGCAGACAUAUAUGUGAAAAGUAAUGAAGAAAGGUAAAGUGCACCCAUCUCCUCCUCCUCAUCCUCUUCCACCAUCUUCUUCUUCAAGUAAAGAUAACUCUCUCUCAGUCUUUAAGCUUCUCCCGGCUGCGAUUCUUGUUCUGGUCUCGGUUCUCUCUUCCCAAGAUCAAGAAGUCCUUGCUUACUUAAUCACCACCUCACUCUCCACCACCGUAUCUGGCAAGAAUAAGAGAACUCAUCAUAAAGCUCCACUUCUUGACUGCGGAUGUUUCGAUUGCUACACCAGUUACUGGUCUAGAUGGGAUUCUUCGCCCAACCGUGAGCUCAUACACCAGAUCAUAGAAGCCUUCGAAGAUCAUCCCACCACCAGCGACAGCCCCUCAGCGUCACACAAAUCCAAGAGAAACAGAAACAGAGCAAAGAAGAAAGGUAAAUCGGAAGAAGAACCCAUCGCCAAGAUCACAGAACCUCUGAAGCUCACGGUGGUUUCCGAUAAAGCAGGAGCUGAAACGGAGAAAUCGAGGAGGAAUAUAGUGACAGGGCAGAAUAAGGGUUUGGCGAGGAAGGUGUUACCGGACGUUUUGGGGUUAUUCAGUUCGCGUUUCUUGAGCUUGUGGAAUCCGAACCCUUAAAAGGCAUAUCGAUCGAUCAAAAGCUACUUUUGUGUAAUACGAAAUGCUAUUUUUAAGUGCCUUUAUUGUUAAGUCACCUGGCUAUGUUGAAAAUGUAGACAUAUAUUUCAUUACUGUUCUUUGUGAUCUUGAACUUGUUUGAAACUGUGUUACUUUGCUUCAGGCUCUACUGUAUAUUCUUUCUCCUUUUUGGGUUGGUGGCAACAACCUUACUCUC